AAAUAAAUAGCAUCAUUAUCACAUGUAAGAAGGUAGGAAAGAAAAUAUUAAAGAAAAAGACAAACCCAAAAGGACCUUCAUCAUCAUCAUCAAUGGUAGUUGCGUUUAAAUAUCGAAUUUCUAGUCAAAACCUCAUAUAAUGCUUUCCGCGUAAAAUCGAUCUCUUAAAAUUCUCAAAUUCCACGAACUUUCUUUCUUAAAAAUUCGAUCUUUUUUUUUUUCUUCCUAUAUAACCCACUAACAAACCCUCUAUUUCUUUUCAUUUCGAAAAUUUCAAGAACCGAACUUGAAACCGUUUUCGAUAACCAACCACUUCAUACACCUUUUGGGUCCUCAUUUUUUCAUCUCAAUCUUCAUUCCCAACUUUUUUUCUCAUCUGGGUCUCUCUCAAAAACCAUGGUUCGUUGUAGCAACAACUUGAUCGGAAUCCUCAACAUCGCCACAUUCCUUCUUGCAAUUCCGAUCAUAAUCGGUGGAGUAUGGCUGAGAAACCAAGGGGAUAGCGAGUGUGAGAAGUUUCUUGAUACCCCUGUAAUUGUUCUUGGGGUUUUUCUCAUGCUUGUUUCUCUUGCUGGAAUUAUUGGGGCUUUUUGCAGAGUUUCAUGGCUUCUUUGGAUUUACCUACUUGUUAUGUUUCUACUCAUUGUUAUUCUCUUCUCUUUCACUAUUUUUGCCUUUGUUGUUACUAACAAAGGGGCUGGAAGAGUUGUCUCUGAAAGGGGUUAUAAGGAGUAUAGGCUUGGUGAUUACUCUAACUGGUUGCAGAAAAGAGUCAACAGUCCCAAGAACUGGAACAAAAUCAAGAGUUGUCUUAUUGAUGGAAAAGUCUGUUCUUCUUUCUCUCAGAAACAUCUCAAUGAUACUGUCACAGAGUUUUAUAAAGAGAAUUUGAAUGCUCUUCAGUCUGGUUGCUGUAAGCCAGCCGAUGAAUGUGGCUUCACCUAUGUGAGCCCUACACAAUGGACAACAACCGCAACUAUAAACUCGACAAACCCCGACUGCUCUGCGUGGGGCAACGACCCGAAUACUCUGUGCUUUAAUUGCCAGUCAUGCAAGGCUGGACUGCUUGACAACCUUAGGAGUGACUGGAAGAAGGUGGCAGUGGUCAACAUUGUGUUCCUCAUAUUCCUCAUCAUUGUUUACUCGGUUGGCUGCUGCGCGUUCAGGAACAACAGGAAUGACAAUGCUUACUGGAAGCGAUAAGCGGCGAGCGGGCAUGGCUGCUGCUGCUGCUUUAGCUAGUAGGAUGUAGUAUGCUUAGGCAAAAACUUCACUGGUUGGGUGAAUUCUAUGCUUAAGUAACCAUUUUGUUGGUUCUCCUGUAAAGCUUUGUACUUACUAUGCUUUCAUUUUUACUUUCAGACCAUAUUUUUCUUUCUUGUAUUAAAAUUUGUUAUGUGAUCAGUGGAGUUUAUUGUAUGUUGAUAUUUCAUUUCUUGGUUCCAUCAUUUAAUUGAUACUAUUUUAGUUACUGAA